GAAACAGCGUCCAUUUCCUCUUCCGGUCUUGGAUCAGAAACGUCGUGUGAACGGCGCCACCAAACAGAAAGUUUUUACAGAAAACUUAGCAGGUUGAGUGUUUUUCGCUUCUUAGACUUGAUCGUUUUUGUUUGACUUGUAUUACGUAAGUCGGAUAAAGGAUAAAGACAUAAUCGAAAGGAUUGGGAUAUGUCUCUUCCUAAGCGGGAGGUGGAGGAACUAAGGCCAUGGGUGGAGCGGACUGUGAAGAAGGUGCUGGGUUUCUCAGAGCCCACAGUGGUUACUGCUGCUUUGCACUGUGUUGGAAAGGGACUGGACAAAAGGAAGACCAUAGACCAGCUGCGUCCCUUCCUUGAUGACUCCGCAGGAGGUUUUGUGGAGCGUCUUUUUGAAGCUUUGGAGGAAAGCCGCAGUGCACGUGGCAACAAAGGAGGAGGAGAAAAGCACCGCAAGAGAGACCUCAAGGAUGUGUUUGGUGAUGAGCCUGAAACGGGUGCAGUGCGAGAAAUUCAGGAGUCAGGAGAUGGGACAGCACCGAAGAGGAAACGGGUCCCUCGCUUCGAGGAGGUGGAGGAGCCUGAGGUCAUACCUGGACCUCCAUCUGAGAGCCCUGGCAUGCUGACCAAAAUGCAGAUAAAACAGAUGAUGGAAGCAGCCACGAAACAGAUCGAGGAGAGGAAGAAACAGCUGAGCUUUUCCUCUUCAGUCCCUGCUGCACCACUGGAAACCCCUCCAGUCUCACGGCUUCUUGGCACAUCUGCAGCGGCAGGUGGUGGCUCAUCUAUCGCCCCCUCCCAGGCUGCCAGCUUCAUGAAUGAUGCUAUCGAGAAGGCCCGCAAAGCUGCUGAGCUGCAGGCCCGCAUCCAGUCCCAGUUAGCCAUGAAACCUGGUAUCCUCGGAGCCUUGGGGAACACUGGGCCUCACAACCUAGUGGCACUAGCUAAUCUACACGCUAUGGGAAUUGCCCCACCAAAAGUAGAAAUCAAGGAGGUGAACAAGCCAACACCUCUUAUUCUGGAUGACAAGGGAAGAACUGUGGAUGCCAGUGGCAAAGAGGUUGAACUCACACACCGCAUGCCAACACUGAAAGCAAACAUUCGAGCAGUAAAGAGGGAGCAGUUUCGUCAGCAGCUGAAGGAGAAGCCUGGAGAGGACUUGGAGUCCACGUCCUACUUCGACCAACGUGUGACGAUUACACCGGCUCAGCGCCCUCGCAGAGGCUUUAAGUUCCAUGACCAGGGGCGCUUCGAGAAGAUUGCUCAGAGAAUUAGAACUAAGGCCCAGUUGGAAAGGUUGCAGAAUGAGAUUGCCCAGGCAGCGAAGAAGACCGGAAUCCAGGCAUCCACCAAACUGGCACUGAUUGCCCCUAGGAAAGAGAUUGGAGAAGGGGAGGUGCCCAACAUUGAGUGGUGGGACUCCUACAUCCUGCCCUACAACAUAGACAUAACACCCGACACAAAAUUUGAAGAGUUGGAGCUCUUUGGUGUGACCAACCUGGUAGAACAUCCUGCCCAAAUUAGCCCUCCAGUUGACGCAGAUAAGCCGGUAACGCUGGGCGUAUACCUGACAAAGAAAGAACAGAAGAAGCUGAGAAGACAGACACGAAGGGAGGGGCAAAAAGAAGUUCAAGAGAAGGUUCGCCUGGGACUGAUGCCUCCACCAGAACCCAAAGUACGCAUCUCUAACCUGAUGAGAGUGCUGGGGACGGAAGCGGUUCAAGACCCCACGAAGGUGGAGGCCCACGUCAGAGCGCAGAUGGCCAAGAGACAGAAGGCUCAUGAGGAGGCAAAUGCAGCACGCAAGCUCACAGCGGAGCAGAGGAAAGAGAAGAAGGUCAAGAAGUUAAAAGAAGACCUCAGUAAUGGUGUUCACAUUGCAGUGUACAGGAUCCGUAACCUGCAAAAUCCUGCUAAGAAGUUUAAAGUGGAGGCCAAUGCCAACCAGCUGUACCUGACCGGCACGGUAGUUCUGCACAGAGAUGUCAACCUUGUUGUGGUGGAGGGAGGCCCCAAGUCCCAGAAAAAGUUCAAGAGGAUGAUGUUGCACAGAAUCAAAUGGGAGGAACACAACAGUAAAAGAGAUGAUCCAGAUGGUGAUGAUGAUACAAAGAGGAACAACAAGUGCUGGCUGAUUUGGGAAGGCACAGCUAAAGAGCGUAGUUUUGGGGAGAUGAAGUUCAAGCAGUGCCCCACAGAGAACAUGGCCAGAGAACACUUCAAGAAACACGGCACAGAACACUACUGGGAUCUAGCUCUCAGCCAGAGUGUGUUGGACGGCACAGAUGACUGAAACCUCAAUCAACGUCCCUUUCUACAAGCCCAACAGCCUCACAGUCAGUUGGCCUUCACUGUUGACUGGCUGUCUUCAACUGAGGAAAGACGGACUUAAUCAAGAGACUUGAACAUAGAAAAGGAGGAACAAUAAACUGUGUGUGUGUGUGUGUGUGUGUGUGUGUGUGUGUGUGUGUGUGUGUGCGUGCGUCUGCAUCAGUGUUCCAUCUUUGUCAUUAGGCUAUUCUGUCAGAUGUUGUGUUGUCUAUUAUUGAAUAAAAUCUGACAGAUUGCUCUGUGAUGUAAAUCACUUA